AUGUCCAAACAUAGAGCAGACGAAAGUGUGAGUGCUUUGGAGUAUCAAACUGCACAUCCCGAGUUGGGUUCAGAGGUCAUGCCUACUUUACUCCCUUCUGAACACACUCAGAAGCCCUUGCUCAUGGCACCAGGAGGUAUAGUGGCGCCUACUGGGGUGGUGAUACAGAAGAAGAAGCGGGCUAUAAGGGCUUGUGAUAAGUGCCGUAAGAAAAAGGUGAAGUGUGAUGGAAAACAACCAUGUAUCCAUUGUACUGUCUACUCGUAUGAAUGCACAUAUGAUCAACCCCCAACUAGGAAGAAGGCAAUGAUAUCUCAUGGCCCACAAAAAGCUCCAGCUCAACAUCACAACAGCCAAUACAACUCCAAUAACAACUCCGGUAAUGGCGGGCAAGCCAUGGGCGUUUCCCAGACAUGGAGUGGUACGGUGAAUCCAUCUGAAGAUGCCGAUAUUAUUCAAAGGCUACUAAAUCGCUUGCGUGUUUAUGACGAAGCCCUGGGAAAGCUUUUGCCUGACGCCAAAACACCGGAUUCAAAGCUGAACAUCAACGCCUUGAAGCUUUUGAGCGUCUUGGAGAAAGUUGACGUUAAGAAAGAGGAUCUGACUUUGAAGCAAGUCGCACAGAUGUACAAUGCCUCUCUCGAUUCAUCUCCUGGAUCCUUUGUUCCGAAGAACAACUCAAACAGCUCAAGUCCACAAGAUUCGUACUCCACAGGUAUUGAUGGCUCAUACGAGUCCAACGUGGGAAGGGAGAUAAAGAUCAUCUUGCCUCCAAAGGAGAUUGCUCUCAAGUUGAUAUACACCACAUGGGAGAAUGCAUGUGUUCUUUUCCGGUUUUAUCACAGACCCGCCUUCAUCAACGACCUUAAUGAACUGUACGAGACUGAUCCAACCAACUACACCAACAAACAACAAAGAUUUUUGCCUCUGGUCUACUCGGUCAUGGCUUGUGGAGCUCUUUUCCUAAAAAGUGAUCAGGAUACAUUGAACAACACGGAUAAGAAUGUCCUAGUAUCAGAUGCGCAGUUGUCUGUAGUGGAGGAUGAGGGUUACAAGUACUUCAUUGCUGCCAGAAAACUGAUUGACAUUACAGACACCAGGGAUACAUAUGGAAUCCAGACAAUUGUGAUGUUAAUAAUUUUUCUGCAAUGCUCGGCACGUCUAUCUACUUGCUAUGCAUACAUUGGUAUUGCGCUCAGAGCGGCUUUGAGAGAAGGCCUGCAUCGUCAGCUCGACUACCCAUUUAACCCGAUCGACUUGGAAAUCAGGAGAAGACUCUUCUGGACUAUCUACAAGAUGGACAUCUAUGUGAAUACAAUGUUGGGCCUGCCGAGAUCGAUCAGUGAAGAGGAUUUUGACCAAGACAUGCCAAUGGAGUUAGACGACGAAAACAUCACUCUGGAAGGCUACCGAUUUGAUCUUCAAAAUGGAAAACUUUCAAGUUCUGGAAUAGCAAAUGCUCAUACAACAGUCAUUGUCAUCAUGAAAAAGAUUGUGGAAAAACUCUACCCAGUUAAGUCAACAAAGAUUGAUAGAAGCUCCACCGACUUGUUGGCCCAUGAUAUAGUUUACAAUCUUGAGCUCGACUUGCAGGAUUGGGUCAAUGCUUUGCCAUUUGAGCUCAAGCCAGGCGUUGAACCAAGCAUGCGCUAUUUGAAGGCCAACAGACUCCUGCAUCUGUCAUAUCUUCACGUCAAAAUCAUUCUAUACCGUCCUUUCAUUCAUUACAUAUCAGCAGACUAUCUGAAUAGGGGAGAAGGGAAAACCAACAACGAUCUGAGGUCAAUAGAAAAGGCCAAAAAUUGCAUCAACGUCGCUCGUGUUGUUGUCAAAUUAGCCGAAGACAUGAUCGCUAAAAGAAUGCUCAGUGGCUCUUACUGGUUUUCAAUCUAUACAAUAUUCUUUUCAGUCGCAUGUCUUGUUUACUAUGUUCAUUUUGCACCAACAGUCAACAGACACGGACAAUACGACAAAGAGUAUGCUGAAAUAAAGAAAGACGCUGAUGCAGGCAAAAAGGUGUUGGAUGUUUUGAAAGACAGCAGCAUGGCAGCAAGGAGAACUUACAAUAUUUUGAAUGCUCUUUUCGACCAACUGAACAGAAGAACGGCCAAAGCAAACUCCUCUGCAGGGAAUGUGCAACCUCCCCCCCCUCAAUUUCAGACUCCUCAGCAAGGACGUAACAAAUUUGAAAGAGAGAAGAUGCAAAACAAUCAGGAAGCGGAGAGAAAGAAGGAAAUGAAUAAGGGAUUAUUGAACGAUGAGGUCGACCUUAAUGUUUUCAAAGCCCCUGCUCCUCCCCUAAAGAAUAAUGAGGAGGCUAUUCAGUACGGCAAUGGCGUCAAUUUCAUUGAUGGUGUGAGCACAGGUAUCAAUCUAAGCACCUCCAUCAGCGAAAACAAUAACAGCACUUCUGAUAAUGCCAACGGAGAUGAUGAUAUGAAUGCUUCAACGUUUGACGGGACUGAGCAAACGAAGUAUGUUCCGGGUAUGAUGGACCAGCUGGAUAUGAAGAUUUUCGGUAGGUUUCUACCACCAUAUAUGCUAAAUUCAACAAGCACUGCUGCCAGUACCAACUGGGCAUCUCCCGAGGGCGAAUCAGCUCAAGAACAGGCGUUGGAUGAGAACAGAGACGAUCAAUUCGAAUCUGACCCUGCCUUUUAUUCUGUGAAAGCGGAACCUGGAUCAAGUAAUAUGGAUGCUUCUAUCAACCAACAAUUCCGUGCGAAUGAGGUCGCUUCGAUGAAUAACAAUCUGGGUUCGCUUUUCAAGGAUCUGAACCCAGUGCCCUCUGGUUUAUCUACUACUACUACCGCGCUGCAGGGUGCUGAGGACGUUGAUUUCUUCAACACCAUACCUGACCUUUCAGGCACUAAACGCGCAAGCGCAUCAACUGAGGCUGGUGUGGGUAUCAAUGAAAAAGAGCUGCAAGGUUUGGACGAGGCUCUAUUUCGUGAUUGGCAGGCAUCUGCCGGUUUCCAGUGA